AAAGCAAAGUCGAGGGAUCAAUUUCGCAAUUACCUAUAGUGGGGAGGACCUCCACACAUUUUUACCUAUUCGAAAAUUAUAUUAAAAAAAAUGGAAAUGAAAAAACUCGACGCAUUGUGGGCUCUCACAAACUUCUCUGCAACUCCAUUUAUUCGUCGCCUUCCUCCUCCUCCUCCUCCUCCUCCUCCUCCAAACCCUAGCUCCAAAUCCCCAACCAUGGCCACUUCGAUCCCUAAACCCUCCUCAAAGCUCCCCAAACGCUCACCCCAAUCCCCCAUUCCCAAUCCCAAUCCCCCCUCUUCCUCUUCUUUUUCCUCUCUUCCAAUGGCGGAGCUCAAAUCCCGCGCCCAAGCCGCAGUGGCCAAGCUCUCCGAUCGCGACACCCACCACAUCGCCAUUGACGAUCUCGAGAAGCUCAUCGGAACCCUCGCUCCCGAGGGCGUGGCCACGCUCGUCGCCGCCCUCGCCCACGACCCGUCCGCGCCGCCCCCCUCCGCCGCCGCGCGCCGCGAAUCCCUCCGCCUCCUCGCCGCCCUCUGCGCCGCCCACCCUGGCGCCGCCGCCAAACACAUCCCGAGGAUCGUCGCCCACCUCGUCAAGCGCGUCAGGGACCCCGCCUCGGAUUCCUCAGUCCGCGACGCUGCACGCGACGCCGCCGGGUGCCUCUCAGCCCUCUACCUCCGCCCCGAUGCCUCCGAUGGCGAGUCCUCCUCUCCGGAGGCAGCGGCGGCGGUGUUUGUGAGGCCGCUGCUCGAGGCAAUGGGGGAUCAGAGCAAGGCGGUGCAGGCGGGGGCGGCAGCGUGCCUCGCGAAGGUUGUGGAGUGCGCGGGGCCCAGCAGGGACGGGUCCACCACCGCGGCGUUCCGGAAGCUGUGCCCACGAAUAUGCAAAUUGCUUAGUGCAGAGAACUUCCUAGCCAAGGGGGCCUUGCUCUCUGUUGUUUCCAGCUUGGCUCAGGUAGGAGCAAUUAGUCCCCAGAAUAUGCAACAAAUGUUACACAGCAUUCACGAAUGUCUCGAGAGCAGUGAUUGGGCUACUCGGAAGGCCGCUGCUGAUACGUUAUGCAUGUUAUCCGCUCAUUCAAGUCAUUUGAUUGGUGAUGGAGCUGCCCCCACAAUAGCUGCUCUUGAGGCUUGUCGUUUUGAUAAGGUGAAACCUGUUAGAGAUAGCAUGAUUGAAGCAUUGCAGUUAUUAAAAAACAUAAAAGGAGAAGAUGCAAAUUCUGAAGAUCCAUUAGGUGGUAAAAAUUGCCAAUCAGUUGUUACCGAAGCAAAGUUGGAUUUCAAAGAUUUAAAUAUCAGCUCUGAAGGAUCAGAAUUGUCCAAAGAUCCAUCUCCUAAUUCUUCACCUCAAGGACAAGGGAGUUGCAUACGAGAAAAAGGUGCGAUGCUGCUGAAGAAAAAAGCACCUUCUUUGCGCUUCAAGGGGUUGAAUCCUGAAUUUUUUCGAAGGCUCGAGGAGAGGGCUAAAGAUGAAUUAUCUGUUGAUGUGGUGCUACCUUGUAAAAAACCUGUUGACUGUCCCCAGUCACAAGAUGAAGAAGAACCAGAAAUGGAAGAUGGUGAUUCUAAUGAUCCAGUAAAAAAUGAUGGUUUUGUAGAUCUUAAGUUAAAUCAUACUCAUGGGCACAUCAAUGAUAAUUCUCAAAGGACAGAGAGAAGAAUAGGGUCGUAUAAUAAGCUGCACAAUGCAAAAUGCAGAGGAUCCGAAGGAAAUAUUGAUGAAGCGUCCUUUGUGAGCAAUGGAGCGAAUUGGUCGACCAUUCAGAGGCAGUUGUCCCAAUUAGAGAGGCAACAGGCCAAUCUCAUGAACAUGUUGCAGGACUUCACGGGAGGCUCCCAUGAUCGCAUGGUUAAUCUAGAAAACAGAGUACAGGGUCUUGAGAGAGUUGUUGAAGAGAUGGCUAGGGAUUUUUCAAUACCAUACUCUGCUCGAUCUUCCAGCAAUUAUAGUAGCUUUCAUGAGUUUCCCACCUCAAAGUAUAUGUUCUCACGAGGAAGAGACCUUUUCUGGAAAUCUGAAUCUGAAGCAAGGGAUUCACAUUCACAUUUAUAUACCAUGAGAAAUGGAGUAAUGAACAGUUGGAGAGCAUGGGGUAAGGGAGAAGGAUCACUAAAGCUUGGUGAGGGCCCUUCUGCAAGAAGUAUAUGGCGAGCCUCAAAGGAUGAGGCUACUUUGGAAGCCAUUCGGGUGGCUGGUGAAGAUAACAUAACCUCUAGGGCUACAGCGAGAGCAAUUGACUCGGUUCAGGUCGGUGAUUUGGAUUCUGCAUAUGGCGAGGUUCUUUCAUCUGGGGAUGCUCUACUACUAGUUAAGUUGAUGGAUGAUACUGGCCCUGUUUUCAAUUGGCUUUCGAGUGAUGUAGCAAAUUAUGUCUUAAAUGCAAUUGGAGAGUUUCUUUUGGAACAGCGCUUCUUUCAUAUAGCUCUGCCUUGGCUUCAGCAGUUGUGGAGAAUGGAGCUGAUUUUCUUGGCAUACCCCCUGAAGGGAAAAGAGAGAUAUUGUUGAACCUUCAUGAAACUUCAGUUAUUGGACAUCCAGAGGAUUUUGAGGGGCCAACUCCACAUCAGAUUAUGAUGCAGUUGGCGUCAACAUGGAAAAUCAAUUUACAGCAGCUAAUCAAGUAGAAGUAUUCAGCUGGUUUCUUUCUCUGUAGCAAUUAUUUUCUGGUAAAUGAAAUUAAAAGGAAGAGCUAUAGAGUCACGGAGUACAAAAGCAAACACACACGGAUGCUAGAAGUGGUAGAGAUGAAGUAACUUAAAAGCUUGUUUUCGGAUGUUGACCAGGCAAGUAAUCUAGCAGCAGUGCUUUUGAUUGUAUUUAAGUUAGUUCGUAAGGUUUUCUUUUGCUCAAUCCUUUUUUUGGUCAUACUAAGUUUUGUGUUGACUACUUUGGAUAUUGGGCUAUGAUUCUUUCCGAUUCAAAACUUCACUGUCAGCUCGGUGAAGCUCGAAAUGUGUAGUAUACGUAGCAUAUAAUAUAUUUCUUUCAUUGUUUUGGUGUAUAUACAGCGAUGAUUCAUUUCCUAGUACAUUAUGAC